CUUUCCUCACAACAACAAUCAUCAUGCCCUCCGCAGCUUAGCCUUCUGUCGGCUCGUCACUCCCGUCAUUAGCCAUGAUCGAGCUCUCGAGGAAGAAGCGCUCGCGUGCAGACAGCGAAAGUGACCAGUUCAGAGCGGAUGACGUGCCUUUUGGCAAGAGGGCCCGCGCCACCACGGAGGCCUCUGCCGACAGCGGAAAAUGGUUCAACGACUCCGUCCUCAGCACGCCCACGAGAGCGAGAGAUCCUGCAGGCUAUGAUAGCGAUGCAGACACCUCGUCCGUCAAGUCUGAACCGGGCAGCCCUCCAGAUAUCUACAUGGACGACGACAUGGACAUGGAUAUGGACGACGGCACUUUCUCUCAAUCGCCAGAAGAGGAGCCCUUGCCCCGAGCUCGUGCUGCAACUUCCGCUGUCUUGGGCCAAAGACUGCAGGUGAAUCGCGUACCAACACCGAUGGUACCGAUGCGGCCAGGCGCGAGCCCAGAUCGCGUACGAACUGGAUUUAAGCAACACGUCCGGCGACGCCACCAGCAAGAAUUCUCGGCCAGCUCGGACCUUCUCGAAGUGCCCUCCCCCAUCGACGAAGACGAAGUACCAACUCCACCUUCGGCAGCCGAGGCAGCCGGAUCGCAGCUUAGUAUGCUCAGUGUUAGCGACGUAGACAUGGCUGAGAACGAUGCCACCGUGCCUCGCAUUUCCAUACACCCAGCGAGGCCCAAUCUCACCCAUACUGGACCUAAUGCAGAACUCGACUCUGCCAUUGACUCGGAGCCAAUGGAGUGGGGUUCUAACCAUAUUAUUGUCAGAAAGCAGCGCCAACGAAGUGGCGCUCUCAGCAGUGGCAACUCCCCUGUAAGGACAACGCCUGCCGCGACCAGCAACAAGAGGGGCGGCUUUAGCAUGGGAUUUCGAGCGGAUUGCGAAAAGUGUCGACUGCGAGUUCCAGGACAUAUGAAUCACUUUAUUGCAUAGCCUGCAUGAGUGUAUAUUUUGACCACGAUCUUUACGAAUUAUUCAUCAUAGCGACAGGCGCCAGCGGAGUUCAGUCUACAGGUUCCAGGACAUACAACAACACGAUACCAGGUUUUUGGGCGUGCGGGUACAGACAGGUUUAGCGGGCUGCAUUAGAUUUCCUUUUGUUGCCUAGAGAGCGAACUCCUCGUUUGCGUCUAAUAUCAACCACAAUCCCAGCUUCUCCAGGCUGCAAUCAAGG